CCCAGGUGCGUCUCCGUUCUGGAAAGUUCUGCGGAGCAGGCCCUGGCCGGGCCUUCUGGGACUGUUGGACGGCUGGGUGCCCAGGUCCAGGGGAAGAUGGUUUUGAUCAGUAUCUUGGAUUUUUCCUUCUAGAUUUGGAAUUCUACACUAAAGUCAUCAUGGGCAUUUUCCAGAGACUGAUGAAAAAUAAGGAACUCAUCCCUUUGGUGUUUAUCAUGACUGUGGCCGUUACUGGAGCCUCGUCUUUUGCUUUGUAUGCUUUACAAAAAACCGAUGUGGUUAUUGAUCGAAAAAGAAACCCAGAACCUUGGGAAAUGGUGGAUCCUACUCAACCCCAAAAGCUUAUAACCAUCAACCAGCAAUGGAAGCCAGUUGAAGAGCUGCAGAGAGUCCGAAGGGCGACCAGAUGAUUUCUCUUCGCCCUUUUCUUCCAAAGAAUACUCUAUGAAUCUAGUGGAAACACUUCUGCACAAACUAGAUUUUGAAGCCAGUGUGCGGAAAUGCUUCUGCUACGUUUUUAGGGUUUGCCUACAUUCUUUGGGUCCUGCAUAAGCAAUUGAUGGUAGCACAUAGCCUGAAAGUCGUUUUCUGUGUUUA